UGCAUCCUUGCGUUACUCAUCCAACCAAUUGGCGGAUCAACUUGAAAUUUGAAAUAUUGACUUUUCUGUAAUUGUCAAUAUUGAGAGUAAAUAAAAUUAGAAACAACUCAUUUGCUUAAGUGAAGCCGAAAUGAGCGAGGAAAAUAUUUUUCUGUUCGUUCCCAACAUAAUCGGAUAUGGGCGAAUUGUAUUGGCAAUUAUAGCUUUUUAUUUUUUGCCCACAAACUAUAUCGUAGCGUCUACUUGCUACGUAAUUUCUGCGUUAUUAGAUGCCCUCGAUGGACAUGCUGCUAGGUACUUUAAACAAGGCACGAAAUUUGGCGCGAUGCUGGAUCAGCUCACCGAUAGGUGCGGCACCAUGGGCCUUGUAACAGUGUUAGCUCAUCUCUAUCCAAAGUACAUGUUUCCGUUGAUAAUGUCAAUGGUUAUUGAUAUAUCCUGCCAUUGGAUUUAUGUUCACUCAGUGAUCUUGCAAGGCAAGCAAAGCCACAAAUUUGUGGACAUGUCAGAGAAUCCCAUUAUGAGUAUUUAUUACACAAAUCGCCCAGUGUUAUUCACGAUGUGUCUUGGUUAUGAAGCCUUUUUCAAUGCCCUCUAUCUUUUAUACUUCACCGAAGGACCAACAAUUAUUGGCUUAUCUUUAUUCAGGAUCAUCAUAUAUUUGUCAGCGCCAAUAAUGAUUGUCAAGACGUUCAUUUCUCUGCUGCAUUGUGUGGUCGCUGCUAAAAAUAUGGCCAUUAUUGAUGUCAAUGAACGGAAAGAUGCUUUAAAAAAAGAAAAAUAGGUGUCAGAAACUUCCCUAUUAAGAAAUUCUUAUAAACUAUAUCCCCAUGGUUUAAUAUGUCUCCUCUACUACCUGUAUCUGGGAUGGUUGUACCUAGCAAGUAGAACAGUUAUAUCAUACUGAGGGAAGUCACUCAUGUGAAAAGGUGAUUACUAUUUAAUACUUCCACUAAGCCAAAGAAUUGGUAUUUAAUUGUUUAAAUGUGUUCUUUUUGAAUAGUUUUAUAUUAUUUGUUUCAACCUAACUUAUUAUCGUAUUGUUCAAAUUGAUGUUUUAAAAGUUGUAUCUCUUUGUAAUUAGAAAUAUAUUCUAAAAAUUUA